CGCGCAUCGCCCGACCCUGACGUUAGGGAAAGCACUGCUAGACAAGCUGUUAGCCAAUGCGAGCAAAUCAUAACCAAGGGAUGCACACAUCGGACCAACUUUACGGACCAGGAGUUAGAUAGAGUCAGGGAUUGGAUUCAACAUAAAUAUAUGACCGAAGCUUUUAUAAAGCCCGACACCACUCCUUGUCGUCGACUAUAUGUCCGCAAAGACUUCAAAUGUAUGACCGAAGGGGAAAGGAUGGCAUUCAUACGGGCCGUACGGCAGGUAUACCUGAAUGGUGUGAUGGAUCGGUUGGCGGACAUACACUACGGCUAUUGGGUUAUCCACAAAACCGAUGAUUUUGUGCCCUUUCAUCGAGUAUUGCAAAACGAAUUGGAAAAGGAGUUAAUGAAAGUGGACCCCACCGUUACACUUCCCUAUUGGGAAACAUCCGUAGACUUUGCUUCACCUGAAAAAUCACUGAUAUUUGACUACUUCGGUCACGCGGGCACUCAUAACAACUCGUAUUGCGUAAGGGAUGGCCCACUCUAUGGCGAUCUGGAGCUGAAUCGAUGUGUGAGAAGGCAAUGGCAUCUCGAUAAGUAUAUGCCUGCCUGGGAUUCGCCCGAAAUCAAUACAGUAUUAAUACAAAACGCCCGCACAUACGGAAUGUUAUCGCAAUCGUUUACAGGCUAUCACUUUCUGGUACACCUGGCCUUUGGCUACGGCUCUACAAUGAGCGUCACUGACGCUCCCUAUGACAUAUUAUUUUACUUAUUUCAUUGCUUUUUAACCGAGGCGUUUGCGGCCAAAGUUCAGCUGGGUCAGCCACAAUUUUUGGCCCCCGAAUCGUACAAUAACUUUAUAAAAGUGGAUCAAAUGACAGGUCUUGUAUACAAAGGCCGCCUUCAGACGGAUAGAGUCACGUAUUUCAAUGACGUCCGGGUUUUGGAUAUGUUAUCGAUAGGGUUUGGGAACUAUUGUUACGUAACGGAUGCCAUUGCGGAAGACGUGCUCAACACUAUAGACAACAUCAAACCCCCGGUGCCGGCGGCCAUACAGCGAAUGCCCCGUAAUAUUCAACGCACGUAUUAUCCAAAAUUUUAUUCGGGAAACUAUUCGGUGUUUGAUUACUAUAUGCCAGAUGUGGGCGACUGUAACGCCGAGUGCCGACCAAUGCCUCUCUUUCAGGGCUAUGCGGACACUGAGAAUGGGUUGAGACAAAUGCGGCGAUUUUAUUACGAUGAGAAUAUUAACGAAUUGCCUUUUUAUUUGCAUGUUUGUAGCCAAUGCGAGCAAACCAUAACCCAUGGAUGUACACAUCGGACCAAUUUUACGAACCAAGAGUUGGAUAAAGUCAGGGAUUGGAUUCAACACAAAUAUAUGACCGAAGCGUUUGUAAAGCCCGACACCACUCCCUGUCGUCGACUAUAUGUCCGCAAAGAUUUUAAAUGUAUGACCGAAGGGGAAAGGAUGGCAUUUAUACGGGCCGUACGCCGGCUAUACCUGAAUGGUGUGAUGGAUAGGUUGGCGGAUAUACACUACGGCUAUUGGCCGGCCGGUCAUAAAACCGCCGAUUUUGUGCCCUUUCACAGACAAUUGGGAAAUGAAUUGGAAAAAGAGUUAAUGAAAAUAGACCCCAGCGUUACACUUCCCUAUUGGGGAACACCGGUAGACUUUGCAACGCCCCAUAAAUCAUUAAUAUUUGACUACUUCGGUCACGCGGGCACUCAUAACAACUCGUAUUGCGUAAGGGAUGGCCCACUCUAUGGGUUCUUGGAUAUAAACCGAUGUAUGAGAAGGCAAUGGCAUCUCGAUAAGUAUAUGCCUGCCUGGGAAGCACCCGAAAUCGAUACGUCAUUAAUACAAAACGCCGACUCAUACAUAAUAUUGUCCCUUCAAUUGGUGGGCUUUCACUUUUACGUGCACUUAGCGUUUGGCUACGCCGCUGACAUGAGCUUAGCCACCGCUCCCUAUGAG